AUGUCACAACCAGUGCCAAAACGCAAUCUCUCGCAUCCUCUUAUCAGGCGGAAUGGCGUUCCUAAUACGUUCUUCAGUCGUCUCGUGUUCUCUCUCUCUCGCCUUGCAGACGUUCCACUUCAGUACCAGAUCCUCCGUUAUGGUCUUGGUACUCCUACUAUCGAAGCUUUAGGGGGACAGGUUCUUCUUCCUUACCUCCCCGCUGCGACCCAACAAGGUGCUAUCACCAGCUUCCUUGGUCUCUCGCCGUACCGCACGGUGCUGCUUGCCAUGUCAGUUGGCUCCAUGUUGAAGCAGAACUAUUGGGUUUUGCGGGUUUCACGUGACGAAAUGUCUCCAUUCCAAUCUAUUGGAGUUGGUUUAUUCAACGGGUUCAUGAACUCUCUCAACUCGCUUGUUUUCCUGAACACUGCCACAUCCGCCAUCUCCACGCCUCCUGAAGAGUGGGAUCUUACUUCACCCAGACUAUUGGUCGGAAGCGCGUUGUUUGUGACUGGCAUUGCGUUGGAGUGGAUCUCAGAGGUGCAGAGGAAAGCGUUCAAGGAUGAUCCAAGGAAUCAAGGGAAGGUGUACAUGGAUGGAUUGUUCGGUAUGGCUAGGCAUAUCAACUAUGGAGGAUAUAUGUUGUGGAGGGCUGGAGCUGCAACUGCGGCAGGAGGAUGGACCUUUGGUGCUGUGAUUGGGCUCUUCAAUUUCUUCUUCUUUGAAAGGAGCUCUAUCCCUGAGUUAGAUGAGUAUUGUUCUCUGAGGUAUGACAGAGCAUGGGCAGAGUACAAGCGAAGAGUGCCGUACAAGCUUCUCCCUUAUAUCUGGUGA